UUGUGGAUCCGAGUGGCGAUCGAUACGCAUCAUAAGCGUCUCAAGUCAAUCGCGACGCAAAGCUAGGCUUUGAUUUACUAUGUGUUUGUGCUGAUAACAAAGAAAAAAAUAUUUAAUGAGAAUUAUGUGCAAUAAAAAAUUAUUCUAACAGAAUAGAAAUAUAAUAAAACAAUUAUUGGUUAGCAAGAGAAAACUUUGUAUUUAAAUUGACAAAAAUGACGCGGAAUUUAGCGGAACUUUGCUUUUUAUUUUGUAUACUUCAGUUGGGACUACUCGUCAAUGCCGCUGGCCUGUAUACGGUGAUUGGGCCUGGCACCAUCCGCUCCAACUUUAAAUACAAUGUGGCAGUAUCUGUGCACAAAGCGGACGCAAAGAGUCUGAUUAAAGUGGGCAUCACUGGCCCAUCCUUCAAUGAGACCAAACAGGUCGAAGUGCAACCAAUGUCAACGGUAAAUGUUGAAUUCGAUGUGCCCAAACUGAUGAAUGGAGAUUACAAUCUGACAGCGACUGGUAUUGAGGGCAUACUCUUUGAGAACUCAACGAAACUGAAUUAUGCGGAAAACAAAGCAUCGACUUUUAUACAAUUGGAUAAGGCAACCUAUAAACCAGCGGAUCUGGUACAUUUUCGAGUGCUCUUCCUCGAUGAGAAUACACGACCAGCUACGAUUGACCAGCCCAUAACAAUUGUGAUUAAUGAUGGUGCCCAGAAUCGCAUCAAGCAAUUAUCGGAUGUCAAAUUAAACCAGGGUAUCUAUACAGGAGAGCUGCAAUUAUCGGAACAACCCGUGCUGGGUACAUGGAAUAUUGUGGUCACUUUGGCCGAUGAAACUGCGGAAACUAAAUCCUUUGAGGUGGCCAAAUAUGUUUUGCCCAAAUUUGAGGUAAUUGUGGAAUCAGCCAAAGAUGUUGCCAUACAGGAUGGUGUCAUUAAGGCCACGAUUCGAGCCAAAUACACUUAUGGCAAACCGGUCAAAGGCAAAGCCACCGUUUCUUUAAAACCAAAUUAUAAUUAUUUUGAUGACAGUCGUGCCGGCAUGGGUCAAAUGAAAACCAUCGAUAUCGAUGGCAAGGGUCACGUUGAGUUCCCACUGCAGGACAUGGAGCAAAAUUCACGUUAUACGCCUCCGAUGAAGAUAUUUGCUGUGGUCACCGAAGACUUGACGGGUCGGCAGCAUAAUAGUUCAACAAUUGUCAAUUUGCAUGCGCAACGAUAUAAAAUUGAGGCACUCGAUGCACCCAACAAUUAUCAUCCCAACAAAUCGUUUAUCUACCAAUUUGUUGUCAAGAAUUUGGAUGGUUCCCCCGUGCAAGAUGCGACGAAAAAAGCAAAAAUCUCCUUUGAUGGACCCUUAGGAUAUUUCCACUUUGAACGAGAGCAUCUCAGUGAAAGACGCCGUAAUGAGACCGUUGAAUUAGAGGCUACCUUGAAUGCACAUGGUAUUGCCACAUUUGAUUGUUUACUGCCCGAAAAUACGUUUCAGUUGUAUAGUAUUAGAGGUUAUUAUGCGGACUCCAAUUCCUACUUGGGUUCAAUUCGAAGAUUUCAACCGGAAAUUGAACCCACUGUGCCACUGAAAAUCCAAAUAAACACUAAGAAUCCAAAAUUGGGUAAGAGCGUUUCGUUUGAUGUGACAUCGAAUGAACCUAUUCCAUAUUUUCAAUACGCGAUUGUCGCUCGGGGCAAUAUUGUGAAAGCGGAGCAUGUUGAAGUGCCACAAGGUCGCAAGAACCACACCGUUAAGUUUACACCCACGUUUGCAAUGGUGCCACAGGCCUCCAUUUAUGUCUACUACAUCUUUGACAACGAGCUGCGCUUCGAGGAGAAAGCAAUCGAUUUCGAUAAGGAUUUUGAGAACUCGAUCGAAAUCUCUGCUCCAUUGGAAGCGAAGCCCAGCGAAGAUGUGAAACUGCAGAUCAAAACUGAUGCCAAUUCGUAUGUGGGUCUGCUUGGUGUGGAUCAGAGUGUUUUGUUGCUCAAGUCUGGAAAUGAUUUGAGUCGCGAGGAUGUCUUCAGCAGUCUGAACAAGUACAAGACAUCGACACCCUGGCAGCGGGGCUAUGGUCGCUAUCCGGGACAAAAUUCGGGUUUGGUCACACUAACAAAUGCCAAUUAUCCUUACAAUUUUGGUGUGCGUCACUACUAUGCCGAGCCCCUUCCAUUAUCAAAUGCUAUGCUAUUUAGAAGGAAUAUGUAUAUUGUAUCGCCUUAUUCAGCGACUAAAGCAAAGCCGGGCACAGGACUGCGAGGAGCAGCGCCUGCUGCCAAAAUUGUCCCACAAACUCGAAAAGAAUUUCCUGAAACUUGGAUAUUCCUAAACAAUAUCACUACCGAUGCAGAAGGUCUUACCUUGACUAAAAAGAUACCGGAUACUAUUACUUCAUGGGUUGUGACUGGUUUCUCCUUGAAUCCAACAACUGGAUUUGCCCUCACUCAAAGUCCCAGCAAAAUUCGAGUAUUUCGUCCAUUUUUUGUCUCCACAAAUUUGCCACAUUCUGUGAAGAACGGUGAGGUCAUUGCCAUACCUGUCAUCAUUUUCAACUAUAUGGAUAAGGCACUCGAUGCAGAGAUUACAAUGGAUAACUCGGAUAAGGAAUAUGAAUUUGCUGAGGCAACCAAUGAAGUUGAGGAGAAAGCAAUCGAUGAAAUACGACGAGUUAAACGAGCUACAAUCGCCUCGAACAGUGGUCAGAGUGUCUCGUUUAUGAUUCGGCCCAAGAAUGUGGGAACGAUCACGCUAAAGAUUAAUGCAAUAACUCCACUGGCAGGUGAUGCGAUCCAACAGAAAUUAAAGGUCGAACCGGAGGGAGUGACAAAGUAUGAAAAUCGAGCAGUUUUCAUCAAUCUUAAGGCUGAUCAAUCAGAAAUGCAACACGAACUCGAGGUUGAUAUUCCCCCAAAUUCCGUAAAAAACUCGGAAUUUAUAGAGUUCUCUGUCGUUGGUGAUCUAUUGGGUCCUACCAUUAAAAAUUUGGAUAAUUUGGUGCGUAUGCCCUAUGGCUGUGGUGAACAGAAUAUGGUAAAUUUUGUGCCCAAUAUUCUGGUGCUCAAUUAUCUGGACGCCACCAGGCGCAAAAUGCCCAGCGUUGAGGAAAAGGCGAAAAAAUUCCUCGAGAUUGGCUAUCAGCGUGAGUUGACCUAUAAACACGAUGAUGGCUCCUAUAGUGCCUUUGGCAAAUCUGAUCCUUCGGGCAGCACAUGGUUAACUGCGUAUGUCAUGCGCUCUUUCCACAAGGCUGCCAAAUACACCGAUGUCGAUCCCAAGGUUAUAGGAGAAGGCUUGGAUUUCCUGGCCUCCAAGCAAAAGGAUAAUGGCGAGUUUCCCGAAGUGGGCAAAUUAUUUGAUAAUUCCUAUCAGAAUGAAUUGGGAUUAACAUCAUUUGUGCUGCUUGCGUUCUUUGAAAAUGAAGAAGUGCUAUCGAAGUAUCAACAAACCAUCAACAAGGCCCUGGAAUAUGUUGCUCAAGAGGUGGACAAGACAGAUGAUCAAUAUUCGCUAUCGAUUGCCGCCGUUGCUCUGCAAUUGGCCAAGCAUCCGAAGACCAAGCAAGUUUUGGCCAAGUUGGACACUGUUGCCAAGCAGCAAAAUGGCCAGAAAUGGUGGUCCAAAACCACCGCGAAGAACUCAACGGAUGCAGAACGAUUGAUCAGUUGGCGGCCCAGCACUAGUAACGAUAUUGAGAUUACAUCUUAUCUGCUGAUGGCACUCCUCGAAGAGGAGGCAGCAGAAGCAACGCUGCCCAUUGCCAAGUGGUUGAUUGCCCAGCGGAACAGCAAUGGAGGCUUCUCCUCCACAAAGGACACCGUCGUCGGUCUGGAAGCACUGACUAAGUUUGCAAAGAAGACUGGCUCUGGCAGCGGCACCAUUGACAUUGAUUUCGUUGGGUCUGGGAACGAUAAAAAUGAUAACGAUAACGAUAACAAGGGUGCUAUCAAAGUGAAUCCCGAGAACUCACUGGUACUUCAGAGUCACGUUUUGCCCGGCAGCACACGUAAGGUUCGCUUCACAGCCAAGGGUCAGGGUUCGGCAAUGGUGCAAUUAUCCUAUCGAUAUAAUAUCGCUGACAAAGAGAUGAAACCCGCCUUCAAGGUGAGGCCCACUGUUAAGGAUACAUCCUCGCAGCUGUUGAGUGUGGAGGUGUGUGCCGAGUAUGUGCCCCUUGAGUCGAGUAACCAGACCAGUGACUCCAACAUGGCCGUCAUGGAAAUUGCCUUGCCCUCGGGCUACGUCAGCGAUGCCGAUAGUUUCGAUAAAAUUGAGGCAGUCGAUAGAGUUAUGCGCAUCGAUACCAAGAAUUCGGAUUCCACGGUAAUUGUCUACUUUGACAGCCUGACUCCGGGUGAUGUCAAGUGUAUCCCGGUGGAGGGCAUCCGGGCGCAUUUAGUGGCCAAGCAACAACCGGCUGCUGUCUCCCUCUACGACUACUAUGAGACAGAUCGACGUGCCACGGAGUACUAUCAGGUCGCCUCCUCGCUCUGUGACAUCUGUGAGGACUCCGAUUGUGGUUCGGGUUGUAAUAAGCAAUAAACAAAUGUAAUCGUUUCUUUAAAAGUCCAUUAACACUUCACCUCCGCGUGGUGUUUAAUAAAUAUUUAAGUGCAUUCUAA